AUGUCAUAUUACGAUCCGUAUCAAGGAAUGUCACAACAGUACCUUGGACAACAAUACUAUCCACAAUACUACCCUCAACAGCAGAACCAAUACGGUGAAGUUGACGCGUUCACGUUGGAACAAAAUGGUGUCAAUGGCGGUGCCGCAGAGGGACAUCACAACACUGGCUAUGCUAACCCACAAGGUCAAUUUAGUGGAUUUGAUUCUGGCAACACGUCUCAUUUGGUAAAUCCUAAUCAUUACAACCCUGAUUUAGACAUCCAUCAAUUUCCCCAGUACAAUAAUACAUCUUUUCAGGACCAUGGUGCGUUCAAUGGUGUGGAUGCUCCAGCUAUUGGGUCAACCAUAGGCGGAGAAUUCUAUACCGAGGAUGGUUCUUUUUUAAAUGGUAAUGGAUCCAACGGAAAUAUCGCCUACAACGAUAUGUUAUCUAGUGAUUAUGACCAACAGGGCAUCAUGGCGCAACCAAAUGACAUGUACCAACAACAAGCUUCUGGUGUCCAAGGACCAAAUGCAUCCAAUGUGUCAGCUUUAGGAGCUGGUGGCCCUUCAGGUGCAGCAGCCGCAGCAGGUGUUGCAGGUGCCGCUUCGACUGCUGCGCCAUCACGAACAGUUUAUUUAGGAAACAUCCCUUCUGACAUUGAGCCUAACGAAUUGUUAGACUAUGUUCGUUCAGGAAUCCUUGAAAAUGUCAAAAUCAUUCCAGCAAAGAACUGUGCAUUCAUUUCGUUUAUCGACCAUCAACUGGCGUUACUUUUCCAUUCUGAUUGUAUAUUAAAGAAACUCAAUAUUAAAGGGCACGACAUUAGAAUUGGGUGGGGUAAAAACACUCCAAUUUUACCUGCAGUUUUGGAAGCUAUUCAACGAGAUGGGGCUACAAGAAAUGUUUAUUUGGGUAAUUUGAACAAUCCCAUCACGGGAGAAUUGAUUACAGAAGAAGAAUUGAAAAAUGAUUUGUCUUGUUAUGGUAUAAUCGACAGCAUCAAAAUCAUCCCCGAAAAGGGUAUUGCAUUCAUUCAUUUCUUGAGUAUUCUUAGUGCCAUUAGAUGUGUGGCCAAUUUGCCAUUGAAGGACAAGUACUUGGAUAAAAAAUGCUUUUACGGUAAAGAUAGAUGCGCCUUUAUCACAAAGACGCAACAACAUAAUGCGGCACAAUAUCUAGGUUUAGCUCCCGGUAUGGAGCAUAUUGUCACAGCUGCAGACCGUGAAUUCAUUUCAAGUGCUUUGGUUCAACAAUCGGCCGCAGCAGCACAAAUUGCAACUCAAGCUGGUGGAGCCAAUAAUUUGGGCAAUCGUACCGUUUAUUUGGGUAAUUUGCACCAAGACUCUUCAGUCGAGGAAAUUUGCAACGUAGUUCGUGGAGGUUUACUACAAAGCAUUCGAUUCUUAAAAGAAAGACAUGUUUGUUUUAUCACCUUUAUUGACCCAAUUGCUGCUGCUCAAUUUUUCGCCAUGUGCCAACUACACGGAUUAACCAUUCAUAAUAGAAGGAUUAAAGUUGGUUGGGGUAAACAUUCGGGACCAUUGAGCAAUGCGCUUAGUUUGGCUGUUUCCAAUGGUGCUUCAAGAAAUAUUUAUAUUGGUAACUUGAACAAUUUUGAAUUUUACAAUCCGAGAAAGUUGAGAGAGGAUUUUUCCAAAUUUGGUGAUAUUGAACAAAUCAAUUAUCUUGAGGAAAAAAACUGUGCUUUUAUCAAUUUCGUCAACAUUGCCAAUGCGAUCAAGGCUAUUGAUGGUAUUAAGCUGUUUCCUGAUUACAAGAAUUUGAAAAUCAAUUUUGGUAAAGAUCGGUGUGGAAAUUUACCUAGACAGUUUCAAAAUCAGGGGAUGCCUUUAGCUGGUGGUGCUUUGGGUCUUUUGGAUAAUGCAUCAGCAGCAGUAGCAGUAGGAGCAUCUCCAAUACCAAAUGAGAGUGGAACUGGCACUGCAACUGAUAGUGUAAACGGGUCAUUGUCUGAUUUGAGAGAAGGCAAUGCCUUACAGUCAGGACAUAAUGCAUUUGAAAUCACUACCGCUGCAAAAAGUAACUCAAACUCACCUAUGCAUACCCCAAACAACUCCAGUUUCCAAUAA